AGAAUAGACCGCAUACUGAACUCUGCGUCCAUUUACCUCAUGAGACCGUUUUGCAUCACCUCCAUAUCUCCGUGAUCGCCACUCUGACCUUCUAUCUGGCUGGCUGGCUAGCAUUACUACUAUUUUCUGACCCUACACAGACCGUCCCGCGCUCCGGGGUUUGGCGCCAUCCCGGCCCGCCACCCACGGCCCCUACGCGAGGCACGUUGUUGUUGGAUGCUGCAGUCCAGGCUCCAUCCCGCCCUCGAGACGUGACCACCUACCGUCCAGGGCCAUGUUGGCACGUGUGCUGUCGUUCUACGCGAAGACCGCAGCAGCCUACAUCGGGCGAGAGGGUGGUGUUGGUGGUGUUGGUGGUUGUGUUGUUGUAUAUUAGUCGGCCCAGUCGCUGCACGCUCUGUACGGGAGCCGUUGUGGCGGAUGUACUCCGUCUUUGUCUGAGUCUCAAGGAUCGUCGGCGGCGCUCACGAUGCGUUUGACCAUCUGCCUCCAGUCGCUUCUGUCGGCGGCGGCAUUGGCCGUCGACCUUUCUCAGUAUGCGUUGACCAAUACUGGGUCGAUCGACGGCGGAAACACCUUUCCCGGUGUGUCUCGCCCGUUGGGAAUGGUCAAGCUGGGUCCCGACCUUCAAACGGGAAAGGAUGCGUAUUCGGGGUAUCUACCAACGGGCGACUUCAUUGGCUUCUCGAUGCUGCACGAGAGCGGCACUGGCGGCGCGCCCAAGUACGGCGUCGUAUCGCAGAUGCCCAUCGUCGGACCCAUCAAGAAUCCUCUGUCCAACGCCAUGAGAGCUAUGCGGGCCGCACCCGACUUCACAGAGGUCGGGUACUACAGGUCGAGCCUCAAGUCCGGCGCAUUGGUCGAGUUGGCGGCGUCGGCCAAGGCCGGCAUGUACAAGUAUACGUUCCCCAAGGGCAGCGAUGGCCUCAACGUGGUCGUCGACGUGUCCCACGUGCUGCCGUCGUACCGCGGCAUGGGGCUGGAACAGCAUUAUCUCGGCGGCAAUAUCACAGUUCACAAGCAAGCAUCCGGGCAUCUAUCCUACACGGGCUUCGGGACCUACGAUAAUGGAUGGAACCGAGCCGGACCGUGGACCGUGUAUUUCUGCGGCAGGUUCGACGCGCCUGCGACUUACAAGACCUUCUUGGGCGCAGACAAGACUUCGGACAAGCUUGUCGCCUUUUCCCAGGAGCCAAGCUACCAGUCCAACAAGGCGAGGCUCGGGGCCGUCUUCACGUUCAAACAGACAUCGGUCGUCUCCCGCGUCGGCGUCUCCUUCAUCUCCGCCGCCCAAGCCUGCUCCAACCUCGACAGGGAAAUCACCGCCAACACUACGCUGAGCAAGCUUCGGCAGGAGACGCGCGACGCUUGGAACUCGCAGGUGUUCAGCAAGGUGACCACGACAGAUACGAACAAGACGCGGCUGAACCAGCUGUAUUCGGCGCUCUACUUUAUGCACCUGCUGCCCACCAACAAGACCGGGGAGAACCCCCUGUGGAAGUCUCAGGAGCCGUACUACGAUGACAUCUUCACCUUUUGGGAUCUGUAUCGCUGCACCACGCCUCUGUUGCACAUCCUGCAGCCGUCGUACUACGAGGAGCUCCUGAGGUCCAUGAUUGACAUUGGCCGGCACGAGGGCUGGGUGUCCGACGGGCGGUCGUCGUUCGCAAACGGGGCGGUCCAGGGAGGCAGCAACAGCGACAACGUCUUUGCCGACGCGUUCAUUAAGGGUGUCCGCGGCAAGGUCAACUGGACCGAGGCAUUUGCCUCCAUGGUGAAGAACGCAGAGGUGGUCCCGCCCAACAACCACGAUCCUCGCGAUGCCACGGGAUCUACCAAGGAAGGUCGCGGCGCGUUGCCCGACUGGCUCCAGCACGGCUUCAUCACCACAAAGUUUGCUCGGUCCGUCAGCAGAGCGGUGGAGUACUCGGUCAACGACUUUUCCCUCGCCGUGGUCGCUGCCGGACUCGACCGCGAGGACGGGUUCGACAAGUACUUGAACCGGUCCCAGCACUGGCGCAACCAGUGGAACCCCGACAUGAAGGCGCUGGGAUUCUCCGGCUUCCUCGGGCCCAGAGACUCCAAGGGGUUCAUAAAGCAGGACCCCCUGUCCUGCGGCGGCUGCUACUGGGGCGACAAGUACUAUCAGGCCCUCCCCUGGGAGUACUCGUUCAACGCGCACCAUGACAUGGCGCAUCUGAUCAAGCUCAUGGGCGGCGCCGAGCGCUUCGUCGCGCGCCUCGAGACGACCUUUAAGCCCAACGUCGCCUCGGGCAACGCGCAGUUCGGCCACACGCUCUUCAACCCGGGCAACGAGCCCAGCUUCACCACCCCGUACCUCUACAACUACGUCAACCGGCAGGACCUGGCCGUCAGGCGCAGCCGCUUCGUCGCCAAGUCGUACUACGCGCCCAAGCCCGGCGGCCUGCCCGGCAACAGCGACGCUGGCGCCAUGGAGUCGUGGCUGCUCUGGAACAUGAUCGGCCUGUACCCCAUGACCGGCCAGCCCUACUUCCUCGUCGGGUCGCCCUGGUUCUCCGACCUGACCAUCAACCUCGGCGGCGGCGGAGGGGGCGGGAAGACGAAUAAGAAGAAGGAGAAGAAGCAGCUCGUCGUCAAGGCCAACGGCGGCGGCGAGGACAGGUUCUACGUGCAGUCGCUCAAGGUCAACGGCAAGGCCUGGAACAAGAGCUGGGUGACGUGGGACGACAUCUUCGCCAGGGGCGGGACCCUCGAGUUUGAGCUCGGCCCCCAUCCCAAGAACUGGACGACGGGCGUGCCGCCGCCGAGCAUGGCGAGCCUGUCGCCGGACCAGGCCAGCAAGUUGGCGGAGCUGUGGUCUCAGGGUAAGAGCUGAAUCGUCGACACAACACACACUGCCCUGCUGCACCGGGCCCGAAUUGCUCCCGGGAUCCAGCGAGAUGGAAACGCGCGGCGAGCGCGUGUUCGAGCCAGUAAGCCCACCUCUGCCGGGCCGCGGGCGACGCAUCUGCCGAUGCAAAGCCGCCCUACUCCACGAUUGUAGUACCUGUCGCUGUGGCAUGCGAUGUAAUGAGGGCUACAUAUGUACAUAACGACCUAAUAGUUGGAUACGGUGACGGGGAAACACUCCCAUGUACAUAGUCAUGACGCUUAGAGUCGCCACAAUAGAGCACAUGAAAGAUACACG